CAUGAUUCUUCUCUUGUGACAAUCCAGACAGAAAGGAAAAGCCUUUCUGAGUUCCAGCUGAGUUAGAAGGGGCUGCGAUGACAGAUAACUGUUGUUUUGGUGCCAAAGGACCAACUGCAAGCAGGGAAAUGGAGUUAAGUUAACCAUUACUAGACUGAUUCAGAGCAUUCCUCUUAGAAGUGGACAUUUGGUAAAUAUUUGGGUUUGUUGCGCUAGCGGGGACAAAGUUGGCGCAUGGAGAGGGACGAAGUUUCAUUUUUGCGCAGCGCCUUUUCUUUGUUUUCUUUGUUUUUUGUCGCUACUACGUGCCAUCCAUCGUCUCCUGGCUUUUCCUUCAACACAAGCCAAGUAUCCAGAGUGUAGUUGUGAGUGUUUGUGUUGCUGAAAUUUGAAGUUAAGUCCAGAGAACAAGACAAGUUGAGGACACACUACGUCGGUGAGAUGGUGGACAGCAAACCUCUGCUUCAGGACAGACCUCCCGCCUACAACACCGUCCCAGGGGCAUAUGAGUACGGCCCGCAGCAGCAGCACAGCUAUGGGGCCAUCCCACCCGCGGCCCCGCCGCCCUACCAGUACCCAGACCCCCAAGCGUACCCCUCAGCCCAGAUGGCCCCUGCCGUCUCACAGCAGCCCUACACUGGGACGUACACCAUCAUUCAGCCGUCUGUAGUGGUGGUUGGAGGCUGUCCUGCCUGCAGAGUUGGCGUCUUGGAGGAUGACUUCACGUGCUUGGGCAUCCUGUGUGCGAUCUUCUUCUUCCCCCUGGGUUUCCUCUUCUGCUUUGCACUGCGCCAGAGAAGGUGUCCCAACUGUGGCGCCACCUUCGGCUAGAGGGACCAAACCACAGCUCAUGCGCUUGCUCCUCCUCCACCUCCACACACACACACACACACAUACCACACACAUAUACACACAUGCACUUGACACAUCACCUAGUAUUUUUGCGUCUUUGAUUUUGUAAUCUUUUCUUUAUGUUGCACAUUGCAGUUGCCAUUAUGUACAACAAAUUCAUCAUGAUGUUAUUACCAUGGAUUAUGAUGUGAAUUUUUAUUAGAGCAUGUGUAGAAAUUCUAUUUUCAUCUGCUAGUUGAGAGUAUAAUCUAGCAUAUGUAAAUGUCCAGCUGUUGUCAGUGCCUUCACCACAUGCUGAGUGAUCACCAGAGAUUCCAUCAGGCAUCGUUUUCUUUUGUAGAUUUGGCUCAGUUAUUUAAGAUGCUGAGCAGAUUCCUUCAUGUUUUGUCCAGCCAGAGCUAAGCCACAUGUAGUUAUGUUUUUUCUUUGUCUUUUCUAGCAAACUGAGUACAUAUAUUUGGUUAAGAUCAUGCUUAGUAACAUUGUACUCCCUACACCAUCCAUUUUGAUCACUUAUCUAUUAGAUUUUUCAGGAAAUGCACCCUGUUUUUGAAGAUAUUUUUGUUCUUUUGUUUGUCUCAGAAUGCCACGUGUUUGUGCAUUUUCAGGUUUAAAAAAAAAAAAAAAAAAAAAAAAAAAAAGAUCAUUGGACAUGAACUGUCCAGGGUGAACGAUGGACUUCUGUCGGACAGAAAGCCCGGAAAUAUUUUGUCUGUUUUUUGGUUUUUUUUGAUAUUUUUUCUUGGGGCCAUAUUUGCACUGACUGUUUGUUUGAUGCUGAUUCUUGUAGGUUGUGCUUUUCCAGGGCCAAUGCAGACCUCAGGUAUAUACAAUCUGAAAAAGCCCUUGACUUUACAGCCUCAAUCACUGUUAGACUUUGGACUUCUACCUACUUAAAGAAAACGUCAUGUCAGAUUGCAAACUCCUCCUUUAACAUGCAGAGUGUCACCGCAAAGAAGCAUGCUGAGAGUUAAAAACAAAUAAUGGGUGUACUCUACUCUGUGACAAGUCACCUUACCCUGUUCCUCCCAACCAGACAAUCAAUUGAGAAUGUCUAUGUCCCUGUAUUUGCGGCGUAUCUAUGUAUGUCUUCCAUCACUGUAAGCUGUUAUUUAACUGUCCACGGCAGAAAAAAAAAAAGAAAUGUGACAGGGCGGGAGGGAUUUUAAAUCUUGUUGCUUUAGUAAACACACUACGCACGCUCUUAUGAUUGAGGUUCUUACUUUUUAUAUAUGAGUUACUGUAAUUAAAAAAGAAUGCUACUUAA